CCAGGAGGAAGCGAAAGCGAGAGGAGGAUGGAGGAAAAGCGAAAAGACGCCUCCAAACCAGGGCACUAAGAAGUUCCAAGGAGGAGGUUCCUGCGUCCUCUACCCACUAAGUUCAAAGCGCCCUCUUCUCUUCCCCUCUUGCCGCUCUUCGGUAGAAAGGCUGGCGGUUCCUCUUCCGAAGGGAGAAAGGAACAACAACAACAAAAAGCCCCCGGGAGUUCCGCGGGAUUAGAAAGAACUGCCCGGAGUAAACGUGGCUGCCUACACAGCUUCAGCUCAGAGGGAAGGAGGGCGGGACGGGAGGUUUCGCCCAUAGACUUAUAUGGUCUCGGCUCAGACGCUGCUCUCCGGCUAGCUGGACACUUCGGGAAGGCAACGCACGCGACCGAUCCACCAUGUCUUUGGAGGACCCGUUUUUCGUGGUGAAAGGGGAAGUUCAGAAAGCAGUGAAUACAGCUCGGGGGCUCUAUCAGCGCUGGUGCCAGCUGCUCCAGGAGACACAUGUGGUCACCAAAGAGGAGCUUGACUGGACUACCAAUGAACUACGCAACAGCUUGCGCAGCAUCGACUGGGACUUGGAGGACCUGGAGGAAACCAUUUGCAUCGUGGAGUCUAACCCGCGCAAGUUCAAAAUCGAGCCCAGUGAGGUUGUGGAACGGCGGUCUUUUGUCACAGAGAUGCGGGAAUCAGUCAAGGAAAUGCGGGAUCAUAUAUCCAGUCCAGCAUCACAGGCCUUUGUGGAGCAGAAAAACAGAAUGCUGGUGGGGAGCAGGGAUCACGCUCCGCUGCUGGAUGCGGAAGAUGUGACGACGGCCAAUUCACACACUUUGGAGGAGGAGCAGCUGCAUCAGAAGUUGAUCAUCGAGGAGCAGGAUGAGCAGCUGGAGUUGGUCUCUGGCAGCAUUCGAGUGCUGAAACACAUGUCUGGCCGAGUUGGGGAAGAGCUGGAUGAACAGUCUAUCAUGCUGGAGGACUUUGCCCACGAGAUGGACAGUACACACAGCCGCAUGGACGGAGUGCUCAAAAAGAUGGCCAGAGUCUCCCACGUGACCAGCGAACGGCGCCAGUGGUGCGUCAUCGGCCUGUUGAUAAUCAUCGUGGUGGUGGUGCUGAUACUUCUCUUUGCUCCGUGAACCCAAUAGCAGAAUGGAUGUGGGGGAAGGCCCGGCAGGUACCACCCUUUCCCUGCCAAGUGGAAUGCUUGGAGCCACCCUGGGCUUUUAUCCGGUUCAAGGGGGUGGCGAAACCUCGCCAGGCACGAAGGAAAAGGAGUCACUUCAGUGGAAGGGAUGGUGUAUUUCUAACAGGGCUGCUCUCGCUUACACUCAGACUAUUAGCUGUUGGAGGCUGCAGAUCCGUUAAAAAGGACAGAUUGGAUUCUCAGAGGUUAGUCGCUUUACUAAGGGAAUCUACAGAAUCGCCUUCUGAUCUGUGGAGUCUUUAAGAGGCUAGGGAGGGUGAAAUCACACAAACAUGUCUGUGCCUCUUAAAUGUAGAGACCAUCUCGCACAUGUCUGUGUUACCACCACUGCAAGUAGAAGUACCAGUGCAGGUUCCCUCUUUUGGACAGCCUUUUCCUCCCACCUCCAGCUGUAAUACACCACCACCACCACCCAGCUGACUAAUCUAAUUGCUGUUAAAAGAUCCAUUCAUGCCCUAUAUUUGAAUGGGAAGAAGUUGGCUCUGCAUUAAAUGUGUCUGUGGCUGAAACGCAAUGGACCAACCUGUCAGUUUCACCUCUGCCGGUGCCAAAUGGGAACUGUGUCUGGAUUGGCUGAACUGGACAAAGAUCUGUCUUGUUUCUUAAAGGGUGAAAUUACUCAGGGUUGAGGAUAGUCCUAAGCUGACUCACUAUGUGCCAAGAAACCAAUUUUGCUUAAUGAAACUGGGAACAGAGCCCAAGGCGCUCUCUCUUAACCAGAUGCCAGUUCCCCUCCAGAAACAGGGAGGAUAAUGUUAGAACCCCAUCACCCAGAUCUAGGCCUCAGUGCUGUGCUUCAAGAUACAAGUGAUGCUGAUAUUUCUGGGCUAUUGCUAAGUACUCCAAUUUGCAACAAUGUCAGUUCAAUCUGCUGUCCCCAUCUCAAGCGCUUGAUCUAUUAAAUUGGACAAACCGUCUCCCCUGAAGCCUAAAUCUCUGCCGAUGCUUAUGUAAUGCUACUUUCAGCCAAGUCUAAAUGACUCAUAGCCUUAUCUGGAGGAUAGGAAAGGCCUCUGUGGGACAUCAACUCAAAGACAUUCUAUGUUUUUAUCACGUAUUAUAAAGUAGGGGUAUCUAGACUUUAGGCUUGUGAGAGCGACUGUGUUUUUUACUAGAACUCUUAAGAUCCAGCAAUCGAAGCCCAGAGCAAAAUACAUACAAUUUAGAAUGAAAGAAUUCUAAGCCCAGGAAUUUGGUUUGAGCUCUGGAACUGAACAGAGUUCACAGUCCUUUCUUAUCCUGUUUUC